AUGCCGUUCUGGGACUUUCACGAUGAGUUACAUGUAUCUACCUACAACGGGUUAAUCUAUCGUGGAGAACGAACAGUCAUACCAAGUGAGCUACGAGCUACAACACUGAAAACUAUCCACAGUUCUCAUCAAGGGAUUCAUAAAUGCAAACAAAAGGCUAGAGAGCUAGUGUUCUGGCCUGGGAUGAACAAACAGAUUGAAGAUGUUGUUAGUAGAUGCAGCGCUUGCUUGAUGCAUAGGAACAAGCCACAGAAAGAACCAAUGAUCAUCCAUCCAAUACCUUCACUUCCUUGGAGCAAAGUUGGCACAGAUCUUUUUGAGUUUGACAACCACUAUUUCCUCAUUAUGGUUGAUUACUAUUCGAAUUUCAUAGAAGUUGCUGAAUUGGAACGGGACACGAGAGCAGCAACUGUCAUAAAAAAAAUCAAAGAGAAUAUCGCUCGUUAUGGCGUUAUGGACAUACUAGUAAGCGACAAUGGUCCACAGUUUUCCUGCCAAGAGUUUAAGGAUUUCACAAGGUCUUAUGGUAUUGAACACAUAACAUCAUCGCCCUUACAUCCGCAAUCCAAUGGCUUGGCGGAAAAGGCAGUUCAAACUGUCAAGAACAUUCUAAAAAAUGUGCAGAAUCUGGAGAUGAUAUACACUUGGGUCUUCUUGAUUUACGCAACACCCCGAGGGAUUCUGGAAUUGGAUCUCCGAUGCAGCGUCUGA